AUGACUUCCUCGCCGCUGCGCGUGGGUGCGGACCUCAAGGAGCAACUACAAUGGUACAAGACUCAAUACGAACAGCUCGAAACGGACCUUGCAGACUUCCAGGCUAGCAGCAAGGAGCUCGAAGAGCAGCUCGAGAAGGACGUGGAGACGGCCGAGAAGAGUGAGCGAAAGUGGAAGGAACAAGUUGAGAAGCUCAAUUUCGAGGUCGACGAAUGGAAGACGAAACACAAGCAGGCCAAAGACGAGGCCAAUCGAGCACAGAAUGUCCUACAGAAGGAGAUCACAACGAUGCGCGAAGAGAACCGCACUCUGCACCUGAAGCUGCGAGACACAGAGGUUAUGAAUGAUGACUAUGAACGAAAAGCGCGCAAUACAGAGUUUGAAAAGGAGGACUUGGAGGGAAAGUACAACGCAGCGAUCGAAAGAGGCGUAUUAUUAGAGGAGACGGUGAAGGUUGGCGAGCAGGAGCGAGAAGCAUUAAGAAUCGAAGCGCAGAGGUUGCGAGACGAACUGAGUGACCUGAAAGUGGAGAGCGAAAUCACACUGGAGAAGCUGCGGUUGGCGACGACUACAAUUGAAGGACUGCGAGCCAGCAAGGCGUCUUCUCUCGCUGUUGAACAUCUUCGCGCCAGAAGCCCUGCCAGCGAGGCGAGUGGAGCCACGCCGCUGUCACCCACGGCAUCGACCCCGCCGCCCAAGUCUGACACAGCGUCUGACGCGCCGACGCCUCCAUCGCCUCCUCUAUCGGACGCUCCGGCAAAUGGCGAGCAGAAGACGCCUAUGCCGAAGAAGAGGACAUCUUUGAUACCCGAGGCAGGGCCCACCCCCAGAGCAGCGAGAGGGAUACCAAGGCAUUCGAGAGGGCCUUCGCUGGCAUCAAGCACCAGCACAGCCUUGUCUGACGCAAGAGCAAUGAAGCCACCCGGCAAGCCCCGGCCGCGCCCGAGCAACGCACAGGAAAGGCUGCCACGCUCGGAAUCUCUGCAGCAG